AUGAAUCAAAGUGAGAAAAUUCGCAUCAUUUCCACAGAAACAAUCAAACCAUCUUCACCAACUCCCCCACACCUCACCAAUUUCAAGCUCUCCCUAGUCGACAACUACACUGCUGCAGCAGGGUAUACGCCCCUCGUCUUCUUCUAUCCUGCCCACGGUUCCAAAACAGGGCAAGAGAGGCUCCAUGUCCUGAAAUCUUCACUCGCCCAGGCCCUAACCCGCUUCUACCCGCUCGCCGGACGGUUGUCGCGCCUGAAUCAGCAGCCGGCGGCCGAUUCAGUUCCAUUAAUGUUCAUCCAUUGCAGCGACGAGGGCGUUCCCUUCUCUACGGCCGAUGGUGGAGGAAUUGGUUCCUCCAUGGCUCUGUUUCUCGCCAGGGGACCCGAUGCCGACUCGCUCGAGCAAUUCCUCCCUUUCCCGGCGGGGCUGCUCCUCACGACGGCGGCCAUUGAAUCCGCGCCGCUGUUCGCCGCCAGGGCCACCCUUUUCCCCUGCGGCGGGAUCGCCGUCGGGGUCUGCGGGACCCACAAGAUUAUGGACGCGCACACAUCCGCCGAUUUUGUGAAAUUCUGGGGGGCCGCCGCCUGCAGGCAGGGGAGUGAAGUAGGCGGCGCCGCCUACGCUCACGACCGCGCAGCCGCGUCGCUGUUUCCACUGAGUCCCGAGGAUGUGGGGCCUCCCGCCGUGAAUUUCGGAUGUGAAGAAGGGCAGAAGAAGAUGGUGACGAGGAGAUUCGUGUUUGAUGGGGAAGCCAUUUCCGCUCUCAAAUCCGGAGCUAGGAGCGACCGGGUUUCCAACCCGACCCGCUCCGAGGUUGUUUUCGGGUUCAUAUGGAAAUCCGCGGUCAACGCCACCGCUAAAGCAGUAACGUCAACCGGCGGUGGAGAGGCAGUUUACUCCGUCGGAGGGAUGCUCGUGGACCUACGACCUAGAAUGAAAGAGCCAUGGCUGGACUACUCUGUCGGCAACAUAUUUUGGGCGAACCCCACGGUGUACAAGUACGACAGUAAACAACGGUCGGAUGAAGCAAAGACAUUGCAGCAGCUGGUGGGUGAAUUGAGGAGUUCGGUUUCAAAGGUAGACGACAAGUUGAUGGAGAAGUUAGAAGGCGGGGAUGGAAGGGAGGAGUUCUUCAGGAAUCAGCAGUCGUGGCUUAUGGCAUUGAUGCCGACGGGCGUAGCUGAAAGUGACAGCACGGUGAUGACGUUUUGGAUGUCGAGCAUGGUCGGGAUAGGAUUCUACGAUGUGGAUUUUGGAUGGGGAAAACCUGUUUGGGUCGGCAUGACUGGAUUUGCAAAUCAGAUGUUCAACAGGGUUAUGUUGAUGGAGUCCCCGAUUGGACAUGGAAUCGAAGCUUGGGUUACCUUGCAUGAGCAUGAAAUGACCAUCAUGGAACAUGAUCCUAGAUUCCUUGCUUUUGCAAACAACAAUCCAAGUGUUUCAUGGGCUUGUCCGUCCCGGCUUUGA